CCGCCCGCUCCGAGAGCGCCCGGAGUCCGCCGAGCCCCGCAGCCGCCGCCCCCUGGGGAGAAAGAAAGCUCAGCUCCGCGCACCAUGUCGUCGCCCUCCGAGGGGAAACUCGAGACCAAAGCCGGACACCCGCCCGCCGUGAAGGCCGGUGGGAAGCGGAUCGUGCAGAAACACCCUCACUCUGGAGACGCCAAAGAGGAGAAAGACAAGGAGGACCAGGAGUGGGAGGCUGUCAGCGUCGUCAAACCCACCGUCAUGAUCUCUGGCGUCGUGGCCCGGGGUGACAAGGACUUCCCUCCCGAGGCCGCCCAAGUCGCCCACCAGAAGCCUCAUGCCUCCAUGGACAAGCACCCCUGCCAGAGACCCCAGCACAUCCAGCAACCCCGAAAGUGACUGGCUUUGCCCUUGCCACAGUGGCAAGGAGGAAGGUUUCCCCCCAACACCACUCCCAGGGAACACCCCUCUCCCCUUGACGUGCCUGAAUCUGAGACUAGCAGCCAGCAGGCCCCUGGUCUCAUUUACAGGGUCCCUGGCAGUCAUUUGAGGGGCAUCGUGUCCACACACACACACCCUGUAAGGGUCUGUUAAGCAGAACAUACCAGAACCCAAGUCAAAUCCAGUUGAACCAAAGUGUAGCUUAGUUCUAUUUCAUUUAUCACCACCCCAAACCUUCCAUGCAAGAUGCAGGACCCCUGAGGAGAGCAGGGAGGGGCUUGGGCUUUUGUCUUUCCAGGGCCUCUAUGACCUCCCUCGACCCUAGUCUGGUCCCUGACACCUUUUUAGUCCCCUGAGCAGUACUGGGGGUCACUUUCUGAGCACACCCCUGAGAAUUGCUGGGUGUAGCCCAAUCUCCUCUCCCCCCCCCAAAAAAAAAAGGAAA